UGAACUCACUUCAGAAAGAGUCGAUGUACUGUUAGGUCUAAAGCGCGUCCGCACCAAGGUUUGAGAACCAGAAUUUCUGACCGAUAAAAGCGCGCUCUGCGUGAUAGCAGUGCCUGUCACACUUUGGUUCUUGUUACGGGACGCAAGACCAGACCGUGUGACUCCUGUAACAAAAAUGGAAGGAAAGCACUGCACGCUGGUGCUUUUUCUCUGCACCUUGGCAACACACCUCACUUCUAGAGGUGUUUCUGCGCAAGAUGAGUCCCCUUGGGGAUACAGGUGCGACAGUGCCACAAGCAGAUGCAUCAAGGAAGAGGCAACAGAUCCGUUGAUUCAGACAAGUCUCGGUCAGUGUAAACUGACCUGUAGCCCAGAGGGGGUCUUGUGGCCGAAACCCACCUCAGUCAGCCUAGAUGAUCAGGUAGUUCCAUUCCUCCCCAGCAAUGUCACCCAUAGUGUAACAGCUCCACCCGAGAUCUCCAAGCUUGUGGAGGAAGCAGUCGCCAUAUUCAUAGACAAUUUGCACAAAAAUCAUCCGGAGUACUCGUAUCAAGCGACGCCCUGGCGUGGCCCUUACGACUCUGCAACGAACGAUCACAUCCUCCAUCUCGACAUCACUGUCACUGGAACCGAAGACAGACUGAGCUUGCAGACGGACGAGUCCUACUCGUUGACUCUGUCUACCGAAGGUGAUGUGUCGACAGCGAAGAUCGACGCCCCGACUUACUUCGGUGCGAGGCACGCCCUGGAAACUCUCUCUCAGCUCACCGAGUACGAAGAGCACUCAGACUCACUGCUACUCAUUACUGGUGCUGCCGUUGAAGACUCUCCGGUGUUUCCUUACAGAGGAGUCUUGUUGGACACAGCUCGGAAUUUCAUGCCGAUCCCAAACCUCGAGCGAACGCUCGACGCCAUGGCUGCCAACAAGCUGAACACCUUCCACUGGCACAUCACGGACACACACUCUUUCCCCGUCUACCUAGAGAGCCGCCCGAAAAUGACGGUUUACGGAGCGUACUCCCCCAGGGAGAUAUACUACCCGGACGAAAUCAUGCGUAUCGUCGAGUUAGGACGAGUGAGGGGUUGGGGUAUACGAGUUCUGCCCGAGUAUGACGCCCCUGCCCAUGUGGGAAAUGGGUUCCAGUGGGGCCCGAAAGAGGGCUUUGGGGACAUCGCCGUUUGUGUCAACAAGGAGCCAUGGGCAUCUUACUGCGUAGAACCUCCGUGCGGGCAGCUGAAUCUGGCCAACCCAAAGAUGUAUGACGUGCUGGGCGAAAUUUAUGUAGAAUUCGUCAAUCUCUUCGGUCCCAUCGAUCUCUUCCACUUUGGAGGUGACGAGGUCAACCUCAACUGCUGGAACACAACCGAAGAGAUAGUCAACUGGAUGAUUGAAAAUGACUACGGCCUCUCUGAAGACUCGUACUACGGGCAGUGGGGCGUCUUCCAAGAAAAAGCCCUCCAGCUCCUCACGGAGGCCAACGGUGGCCAGAAGGUCCCGGGUAUUCUGUGGACCUCCCACCUGACAGAAGCAGGUCGUAUAGAGCAGUACCUCCCUACUGACGAUUACAUCAUCCAAAUAUGGACGACGGAGACCGACCCCAUCAUCGGCGAGCUCUUGGACAAGAAGUACAGAGUGAUCUUCAGUAAUUACGACCACUUGUACCUCGACUGCGGAUUUGGCGCCUGGAUCGGCGAGGGGAACAACUGGUGCAGCCCUUACAAGGGCUGGCAGGCGGUGUAUGACAACGACCCCAUUAAAAUCGCGUCCAAAUUCACAACCACUUUCGACCCGGCUCUCAUCUUGGGUGGCGAGGCGGCACUGUGGACUGAGCAGGCUGACGGCGAGGUUGUUGAUUCGAGGCUGUGGCCCCGUUGCGCGGCCCUCGGGGAGCGUCUGUGGGGAAACCCUGACCACAACUGAAGCGGCCGAGACCCGCUUCAUCCACAACAGGCAAAGGAUGGUUCGUAGGGGCAUCCAGGCAGACCGCAUCCAGCCCCAGUGGUGUCACCAGAACGAAGGGCUCUGCUACGCUUGAGGAGGAGAACCCUGUGGCGUAUAGGCCUACUAUACAAUUUUUGGGACGGCUCCCAUUAAGUCGUUGACAGAGCCUCCCAUUUUGCCUGGAUGUUUGUGUGAAAUUAAAAGCCUUUAACAGCCUUU